AAAAAAAAAAGAGCUGAAAAAUAAAUGCUUACUUAAAGCGAUUCAGGGACACAAAAUCCCCAGCCACAGCCAGUGGAGUUCCCCUAUUCUCCUCUGUUUUUCCUUUAUUAACCCAUCCAUUUCUCCUCUAUCUAUUCUCCGCCUCCUUCUCUUCUUCCCUUUUCCUUCCACACACAGUCACACGCUUGAAAGAUUUCUUAUCGAAUACACAAAAUUAACCAAUAGAAAAAAUGGCCGGAAGCGGUGUUGUUACAGUCUACGGCAACGGUGCAAUCACCGAGACCCAAAAGAAAUCACCUUUUUCCGUCAAGGUGGGCCUGGCCCAAAUGCUCCGUGGCGGAGUUAUCAUGGACGUCGUCACCCCUGAACAGGCCCGCAUCGCCGAGGAAGCCGGUGCAUGUGCCGUCAUGGCCCUCGAGCGUGUCCCCGCCGACAUCCGUGCUCAGGGCGGCGUCGCCCGCAUGUCCGACCCGCAGCUGAUUAAAGAAAUUAAGCAGGCCGUCACCAUCCCUGUUAUGGCUAAGGCUCGAAUUGGCCAUUUCGUGGAGGCCCAAAUCCUCGAAGCCAUCGGAAUCGAUUACGUCGAUGAGUCGGAGGUCCUCACCGUCGCCGACGAGGAUAACCACAUCAACAAGCACAAUUUCCGCAUCCCUUUUGUUUGCGGCUGCCGUAACCUCGGCGAAGCCCUCCGCCGCAUCAGGGAAGGCGCCGCCAUGAUUCGUACCAAAGGUGAGGCCGGCACCGGUAACAUCAUUGAGGCCGUCCGACAUGUCCGGUCGGUGAUGGGCGAUAUUAGGGUCCUCCGCAACAUGGAUGACGAUGAGGUUUUCGCGUUUGCGAAGAAGAUUCAGUCCCCAUAUGACCUGGUUAUGCAGACCAAGCAAUUGGGUAGGCUUCCCGUGGUGCACUUUGCCGCCGGUGGAGUCGCCACUCCGGCUGAUGCGGCGCUGAUGAUGCAAUUGGGAUGCGACGGCGUGUUCGUCGGCUCAGGGGUGUUCAAGAGUGGAGAUCCGGCGAGGAGGGCGAGGGCGAUUGUGCAGGCUGUUACACAUUACAGUGACCCUGAGGUGCUGGUGGAUGUGAGCUGUGGGCUUGGUGAAGCUAUGGUGGGAAUUAAUCUCAAUGACGAAAAGGUGGAGAGGUAUGCGAAUCGUUCUGAAUGAGAUAUGAUGAUGAUGAUGAUUGAAUGGUGAUGGAAAUUGGGGUGGCUUUAUUAGGUGAUGAUGGGAAAAGAAAUUGAUUGAAUUCAAUUUCUGAUAGUAAUAUGGCUUGUGUAGAUUGUGUCAUCAAAGCAAAUUCUAUUCUGCUUAGGCCAGAAGCUUGAAUCUUUAUAGUUCAGCUUUGGAUUACUAUUUGUUAUUUUAGGUUAUGGAUGCUUUGUCAUGGCAAGAAACAUGAAGAAACAUUGGAUGUUUUUGUCUUAUUGAAAUAUUUUAUGCUUCAGUUACAUUUGUUACUUGUAGUUUGCUUCUAGCUCUUAAUUUCUUCUAUGCUAGAGUUGAAUUUGACUUUGCCCCUUUACCAGCUUAUAGUUGGAACUUUUGCUUGGUUGUUUUGAAAAACUUGACUCACCUUGGUGCAUGGGUGAAGAACUAGCCUGUUUAUUUCAGUCACUGAUUUAAUAACUUGUGGUACUCCCAUUUGGGUUCUUGACAAUCACAUUUGUAGAAAUGUUGAAUUUGUCCCAAGUGUGUUGUAUUUUUUCUAACUCUUUAUUCUGGAUGACUUCACUAGUUCAUGGUCUCCUAUCUUUUAUGAAUGAUGAAAGCUCUCACCUGUCACCCCAUAACCAAAUAUCCAAGAUUUAGGUAUUGCUUCAUUAGGUGAUGUAUAUCUUCUCCAUACAGUAGCAGGUGUGCAUGUUUAUUCUGCCUCUGCUUGGACCGUUUCAUCACAGUUUGAGCUCUUUAUGUGGUUACCAUUGGACAUUUGAUUGAAAUUUUAAUAGCAAAACGUGCACAGGAUAAACCUGUUGUGACAAGUUGUAGUGCAUGGU